AUGACAUUUUCUAAACAUAAAUGUUUUAUUGUCGCAACAUGUGACAAAGAUUUAAAAAGGAGAAUUCGAAAAAUACCAGGUGUACCCAUUAUGUACAUUGCUAAGCAUCAGUACACUAUUGAAAGAAUGCCUGAUGCUUUUGGAGCACCUAGAAUUUAA